GUCUAAACUGCAGUUGUCCAGUGAGGACUAGGUAUAAAUACCUGCGUGUGACUGCUGUCCUGUUAGCAGAAGUCGCUUCCACAUUCAAGCGCCCCCAAGAGAUACCAACCCAAUUACUUUUCGGCAAUCAUUAAAGACAACCAAGUCAUCAUGGCCAACGUUGCAAGUCUUGUUCUUCUUGCCUGCCUUGUUGCUGGCGCCAUGUGUGGAGGAGUCUUACCCUUGUGGGGCGGCCUUGGAUACGGCGCUGGCGGUCUCUAUGGAGGAGGUCUAGGAGGAUUAUACGGUGGAGGCUUGUACGGAGGCCUUGGUGGUGGCUACGGAGGCUUGUACGGAGGCCUUGGCGGACUCUAUGGCGGCUACGGAGGUCUCGGCGGCUACGGAGGACUCGGAGGCUUCGGUCUUGGAGGCUACGGCGGUGGUCUCUACGGAGGCUACGGCUACUAUUAAGUCUGUUCUCUAGUCAACUUUGUUUUAUGCACUUAAAGACUUGCCCUCAAUUACCACAUGUGUUUGAUGAACUGCUCAGACUGUUAUAACACCUCAACAGAAUUACAACCAGUGGUGCCAACUCCAAUAUAACAUCUUCCGUACUGCUCGUUUAUUCUAGGUUUUUUUAUCUUGUAUUUUUGCAUAUAAAUGUGUCAUGUCAUGUAAAUGGAAGUAAACAACAAUGAGCCAUUUUAUAUUUUGA